UCGAAUACAUGUGUUCUCGCGAACGGUCACACUGGCCAGCCAAACUGUUUUUGCGGUCCGUAAAUUUUUGUUUACAUGCUUAUUGCUGACUGAAAAAGUGUAUCACUGCCAUGGAGGACAUCCAAAUGGACACCAGCUCACCCACCGAGUCCAGCUCAGAGGUGAAUUUCAACCCGGAGGAGGAGAAGACCCAGGAAUCCCGUGCUGCCGCCGGCGUUUGUUACUGCGGCAAAGAGCGAAAUCUGAACAUCGUAGAGCUACUCUGCGCCACCUGUUCGCGCUGGGUGCACGAGUCAUGCGUAUCCUACCAACUUGGAAAGGGCAAGCUGUUACCCUUCAUCACCAAUUAUGUGUUCGUUUGCAAGAACUGCUCCGCCAGCGGAUUAGAGAGCUUCCGCAAGAGUCAGGCUACCAUUUCUCAAAUGUGUCACUGUGCCAUUGCCAACAUGCAGCAGGCGGCUGCAAGAGAAGGACGACGACAAAUCCAGUUUAGCAAGGACAAGGAGAUCAUUCCUUACAUUGAACAGUACUGGGAAGCCAUGACCACUAUGCCGCGCAGGCUUACCCAAUCCUGGUACAGCACUGUACAAAGAUCCUUGGUCAAGGAUGUGCAGACAUUGUUCACCUACGAGGAGCAUUCAGAACAUGGCUCCAUGUACGGUCUCUUUCACCAGGAUCUGAGGAUCAUUAAACCCAACUAUGAGAGCAUGAGCAAAAGUGGCGCUCUGCGGCUCACCGAUGAUGGAUACACUCAAGCUGCGCUGUCCAAGAAUAAUAGACAGAAAAGGAAAUUCCCCGGCACGGAUUCCGGACCAACGGGCAAGAAGGGUCGUCCCAGCUCGGACAUUACGGCGAAUGUAAAGCUGCCACCACAUGGCUAUCCGCUAGAGCACCCGUUUAACAAAGAUGGAUAUCGUUACAUACUCGCCGAACCGGAUCCGCAUGCGCCCUUUCGCCAGGAAUUCGACGAGAGCUCCGACUGGGCGGGUAAACCCAUUCCCGGAUGGCUCUAUCGCACCCUGGUGCCCCACUCCGUGCUCCUGGCACUGCACGAUCGGGCGCCACAACUCAAGAUUAGCGAGGAUCGGCUGGCGGUGACGGGAGAAAGGGGCUACUGCAUGGUCCGGGCCACCCACUCUGUGAAUCGGGGCUGCUGGUACUAUGAGAUCACCAUCGAGGAAAUGCCCGAAGGAGCUGCCACACGACUUGGUUGGGGCAGGGAAUAUGGAAAUCUGCAGGCUCCCCUCGGAUACGAUAAAUUUGGCUACUCCUGGCGAUCUCGUAAGGGCACCAAGUUUACUGAGAGCCAUGGUAAACACUACAGUGAUGCCUAUGUGGAGGGCGACACUCUGGGAUUUCUCAUAGAACUUCCUGAGGAAAAGACGCUAGACUAUCUGCCCAACACAUUCAAGGAUCGGCCUCUGGUCAAGUUCAAGUCGCAUCUGUACUACGAGGACAAGGACAAGAUCACUGAGACGCUCAAGAAUCUGCACAUUCUGCAGGGAAGUAAGAUUGAGUUCUUUAAGAAUGGCCAGUCGCAGGGCUUGGCAUUUGAGGACAUCUACGCCGGAAGCUACUUUCCGGCCAUUUCGAUCCACAAAAGUGCCACCGUUAGUGUAAACUUUGGACCCGCCUUCAAGUAUCCUGAAGUGCUUACCGACCGCAAAGCUAAGGGGAUGAAUGAUCGCGUGGAGGAGCUAAUAACGGAGCAGUGUCUAGCGGAUACUCUCUACCUCACUGAACAUGAUGGUCGCCUACGCCUGGAUAAUAUGAGUCUAUAAUGAGGGAUAUGUAAAAGCUGGUCUAAAUUCACUUUUAAUUCGUUAGAUCUAAAGAUAAAUGUGUUAUUUUUGUAUCCAUUUUUUCUUUGCCAAGAAGAAUAUAUGUAAAAAAAUCAUUAAAAAGACUAUCAUGUUAUAAACCAGAA